AUGCUCAGCGUACUCCCAACUGAUCGUUCCGGUGGUUACUGGAAUGACAGCAUAUCGCACGGUUGCUCAACGCUGGUGGUGCCGAAGAGCAAAAUAAGUGGUGCACGUAGCGGUUGCGAUCGUACGGUGGUUCUGCUGAAGACGAGCCCGGUGCAUCGGUUGCAGGCCGAGUACUGCUUCUGUACCGGAGAUGGCUGCAACGUUGUUAGGCCUGUCAAGUACAGCAGGCCUGAUACUCAUUCACGCAGGUUUCGAAUUCAGGAAGCAGAACAGGUCACUAGCCAGAGCGAUCAAACUCAGGAAAUUUCAGCAGCUACUGCUAAUCGUCAUAUUGGUGUAGUCGUACUGUUUUGUACUGUCUUGCAACGCAUACAGUAUUAA